CCCUGCUUCGCCCCUCUUCCUUCGCCCACCCCAAAAACCCUAACUCGCUCUUUGCUAUAAACCCUACACCUCAAUUUCCUUGUUUCUUCGUUCUCUGGAAGGAAUGGCGGCGAUCUCGUCGUUCUUGUCUCCCAAUCUCUACCAUAACCCCAGGGAAUGCAGCGGAAUCCCCAAAGUAUCCGCCUGGCUGGUUGCCGGAGCUUCUCCUGCGAACUACCGAUCAUUGUCCUCCUUCUCUUUGUCCUCUUCUGCUUCUUGCUCUGUCCGCAGGAGGAGAGCUUUUUCCAUCUUGGCCGUGGAUUCCACCGCAACGGCUGAGCCGGAAGUCGCGCGGAGGCUCUACGUGGGGAACAUCCCAAGGACCGUGGACAAUGAGGAGUUGACCAAGAUGUUUGCGGAACAUGGAUCUGUGGAGAAGGCCGAGGUUAUGUAUGAUAAAUAUUCUGGAAGGAGCCGGCGUUUUGCAUUUGUGACAAUGAACUCUGUAGAGGAUGCAAAUGCAGCUAUUGAAAAGCUCAAUGACACUGAAGUUGGAGGUCGGAAAAUCAAAGUAAAUGUGACAGAGAAACCUUUUCAAACCAUUGAUUUAUCCCUUCUCCAAGCUGAAGAAUCGACGUUUGUUGACAGUCCACACAAGGUUUACAUAGGCAAUCUUGCGAAGACAGUUACCACUGAUGUACUCAGCAAGUUCUUCUCUGAAAAGGGAAAGGUUCUUGGUGCAAAAGUAUCCCGAGUUCCAGGAACUUCGAAGUCCAGUGGCUUUGGCUUUGUAUCAUUUUCUUCUGAUGAGGAAGUGGAGGCUGCUAUUGCAUCAUUCAACAAUGCAAUGUUGGAAGGGCAGAAGAUUCGCGUCAACAAAGCAUAAUGUAUUGCUUAAGCACCCUGGAGCACUGAAGCAGUCGUGUGUUUCAUACAACAUUGAAGGCCUAGCUCCGGAAAUUUUUCUUAAACUGUCUUGCAAGCUUGCUACCAAACAUUUCCAUCCCAGAUUUUGAAUACAAACCUGAGCAUUUCAGUGUCAGGCUUACUGUUUUUCUUUUGGGAAUUAGGUGCUCUGAAUAAAUAAUCUCUGGUUCAUUUCUAAUCCAA